AAAAACAACCCCCUACCCGAGCAAACAAACACACACAAAAGCAGAAAGGGUCUUGCUCAGCAGCAGCAUGGAUGUCUUGGCUAGUUAUAGUAUAUUCCAGGAACUCCAGCUUGUCCACGACACCGGCUACUUCUCAGCUUUGCCAUCCUUGGAGGAAAACUGGCAGCAGACAUGCCUGGAGUUGGAGCGAUACCUUCAGACUGAACCACGGAAGAUCUCUGAGACCUUUGGUGAGGAUUUGGACUGCUUCCUUCAUGCCUCCUCAGCCCCAGAUGCAGAGGACAAUAUCCGACGGCUGGACCCCAUCCUUUUACCAGUGGAAACAAGUACGUGUGACAAAAGCGCCAACAUGGACAUUAUCCUCUCACGGGACAAGCUGCUGUCUGAGACGUGCCUCAGCUUGCAGUCCACCAGCUCUUCCACAGAAGGCUACACAGGCGUCAACCAGGCCCAACUCAAUGCAGUAACCUCAUUAACACCCCCUUCCUCUCCGGAGCUCAGCCGCCACCUUGUAAAAACCUCACAAACUCUCUCAGCAGUGGAUGGCACUGUGACGUUGAAAUUGGUGGCCAAGAAAACUUCACUCAGCUCUGUGAAAGUGGGUGUAGCAACAGCAACCGCGGGGACAAUAAAAAGCGGGCAAAGUGACAGUGAACAAGGAGGUACAGGGGCAGAAGCAUCCCCAGAAAACAAGAAGAGGGUUCAUCGCUGUCAAUUUAAUGGGUGCCGGAAGGUUUAUACAAAGAGUUCCCACUUAAAGGCUCACCAGAGGACUCAUACAGGUGAGAAGCCUUACAAGUGCUCGUGGGAAGGGUGCGAGUGGCGUUUUGCACGGAGUGACGAGCUCACGAGGCAUUACAGAAAGCACACGGGUGCAAAGCCCUUUAAAUGCAACCAUUGUGACAGGUGUUUUUCCAGGUCUGAUCACCUCGCCCUCCACAUGAAGAGACACAUCUGAAUAUCAGUCAUGGCAUGGAUGUCGUCUGAGCUAAGUGUUGUGAGAUGAAAGUGGAACUCAAGUUACAACGCGCUGCCUUGCAGGAGAAGAGAACUUGAUCACGUGUAACCCUCUGUACAGAGACCACACGCUCGCACUGUCAUGCACCCAAUUAUACUUCAAUACGUACAUCGGUUCUUUAUGCCUUGCCCCAGCUGGAUGGGAGAAGAUGCAGGCGAGGAAAUGGUAUAGAUGUGAAGUCAAUGAGAAGGAACAUUUGCUUACAGUACUUCGUCCCUUUUGGAUUUGUUUCCUGGUUUUGCCAGCGAAAAUCAAAGAAAAUGGAGGAGGCUUCCCUGCAGGUGGACGGCAGUAGGAGGGGCUUAUUUAACUUGCUUCUCAGUGCAACUCAAUAGGAUAAUAUGUCGUCUUGAAGUUGCAUAUUUGUAGCACUAACUUUCUUUUUAAAUAGAUGGGGGGAAACAAUGACCUAGAAAACCAAAUCCCAGUUUGGUAGCCAAAAUUAACCUCUUGGUUCAUUUGUUCUUUGUCUGAGAAUUCCUAAUGUUCAGUGCGUCAAACUUCUCACAGACACUUUGACCUGUCUUGGUUUUGGUUCUUCUUCCUAGAACUGAGCUACUGAGAUCCUUUUAAGUCAAUACCAGUGGCCUUACUGGCAGUAGACUGUGGAGUGACACUUGUGACACAAAUAUCCUCUUUUUGGCCUGAGUUUAUGUAGACUUAAUGGAGGACUAUAUUUUUGUUGGUUGUUUUUAUUUUGAUUUUUGUUUUGGCUAUUGCACAACAUAUGCACUAGGGACUCUGGAAGCUGCUGCCAUGAUGGCUAAGUGGCCAAGGGAUAAACCCCUGAGAAACAGCACCUAAUAUCUCUGUAGGCCUCACCCUAUUGCCAUAGCUAGGACUUCUUGUUUAUUUGUUGAACAGAAAACUUUAAAAGCUUACUUGGAAGCUUAAACAUUUUUUUCUCUUUUCUCCACGAACAAGUGAUCUUCAGAACUCCUUGUCUUCACCUGGAUAUCAGUCUGGGACUGGCCACGCAGGCAUGACUACAGGAUUCCUUCCACAUCAUGUGAGCAUGUUAGCCACAACCCACAGCGACUUAGUGAUGAAUUAUGUUGCUUUUUCUUGCUGUUCUUCUAUUAACCAAUCUAAAACAUUAGACUUUUGUUUGUGUAAAGAGCACCUGCAGACAUUUUAAUUUAAAGCCAAUGUUUGUUGAGCAUCUUACACACAAAAAAAAAGCAAAGCCAAAAAUCCUGCUCCAUUCUUUGAGCAGGAAAUCGAGAACCUCUUCCAAGUACAAUGGCUUCAUUCAGCAUUAGCCUUUUAAAGAAAUUAUCAAAGUCCUCCUUUUCCAUUCAUCAAGUUGAUGCUGUGGCCCACUCCUUUAUGAAAAAGAUGUAACAGUGUGAACGGUGAAGGAAGGGUUGGAUUUUACAUCCAGCAGUGAGGCUUUUCCAAAUGAUUGGUCUAAAGUAUUACUAACCUAGAGGUCCAUUUUGGCCUACUGUGUGAAACAUCAAGGAGAAGUGGAGGUCUCAUGCUCACCCUUCAGUCCUAUUGAUAAUUUGAUUUUGUUGGCUCAAAGUGGAUUAAAGUCUUCAUUACAAAAGAAAUACAAAAAAAUGUAUCUUAUCCUAACUUGCAUUUGAAACUAUUUGGCAUUGGCCCUGACUCCAAAGACUGCAUUUAGGACCAUAAAAAUGGCCUAUGCAAGCAGGCAGGUGGUCAUUAGUUUGUAUAUUUUGUAUAUUCUGGGACCAUCCCUUCAAGAUGUGUCUAGAAAUGAAACAAAAUGGUGUGUGGUCCACAAAUGGUUGCUGCUCUUUUAUACUGUAUUAGCCAACUGCCCUUCUUUGACUGUUUUGACUCAUUGACUGUUAAAUAUUUCCCUUAAUUUAUGUUUUGAGAGGUAAAACUGUACUCUUAGGGGAAAAAAGAACAAACAAGAAACUCAAUAGGUGUUUAAGAGCCGUCACCGGGAUCCUUGGCACUUGAAUUCUCAGCCUUUUGCAACCUUUGAUUCCAGUGAGAGAGUGAAUUUACUCGAAAGAUGCUGUUUUUCCUCACAGUUUUCACAAAACACUGUGACUGUCAACUGAACACUUUGGGGACAGGGGGGAAAUACGAUGUCUGGCCCAUAUGGCAUGAAAUAUGGACCAAAAUCCAACCAUCUUUUAGGGACAAUGAUGUAACAUUCGUGGUAAAAGCAUAAGAGAGAGCAAGAGAGAGAGAGAGAAAGAAAAGAAAGACAGAGAGAGAGAGAGAAGGAAAAUUGAGUUUAUUCCAAAGAUUUUAAACUAACCGUACUCUAUAUGUGUAUAUAUAUAUGCUUAUAUAUAUGUAUACAUUUAAAAAUUGCGGAGCACUGCUUGCUGACAAUCUCGUAUUUCUCUACUUCUGUGUUUGCAUACUUUUUAUGGCCAUUCCACCCAACUGUUCCACUGGGACUGAGGGCCCUAGAAUCCAAUUUGUGUUGGAAUAUACAGAGCAUCCUGCUAGAUGCCUAGUGGGAACUGAAACCUCAGCUGUGUGAAACUGUAGAGCAUCCAGUCAGUGCAUUAGGUUAAAAAAAGGAUAAGAGAAUCUUAGAAUUCCCUCAUUGUAGUGUCCUAAAGCAUGUGCUCUCAAACCCACCACUAUGAUAUUCAUUGGCUGUGAACCUGCAUAAAUAUUCUCCUUUGACCUCUGAACACAGUUGCCUUUGGACAUCCUACCAGUAGUCUACAAACCUUUGUUAUUGACAGUUUACGUACCAGACUCUAUUUAAAAUGGAAGAAAUCAAGCAAGACUGUUUAUUUACUUCCAGUUGUCAUUUAUGGUCUUGUUGACAUCUUAAUUAAAUAUGGCAGAACAAGGGCCCCAUGGAAAAAAACAUGCUGAAAUGUCUGAUUAUUUUAUGCUAGAGGCAGGCCUACAUCUAAAUCAUGGAUCCAAAUAGCAUAAAAAACAUAGAGAAAAAGGGGUAAGAGACAACCAGUUUUCAGAUUUCUCAGGCUCUCUCUGUAGCAGGUCUUGAACUCUGAAGCCAAAUUUUGGGCUUUAGGACCAUCUCUUCUGUUUAUUAAGGGAGGUAUUUUUCACCUGUAUACAUGGUGUACUCAGUCAAUCUCUGGACUUCAGUUUUUGGGUGCUCAUAUGCAAGUGUCUUAGUCAUCGCUAAAAUUGUGAACCAUAGCUGGUAUUUUGUAGAAGUCUCCAUUUUGGAAAUGCAUAAUUAACGACACAUUCCAGGAUCUAUUUUUUACAAUGACAAGUUUUGUUUCUUUGCAGAUAUUUUAAGCUGUACACUUCAAACUUGUGUAAUCUGUUAUAGCUAGAUCCUUUUUAGGCCUGUGUCUCCUUGCUAGAGUUGUACAGUUGUCCUCUAUUUGUAAACUAUGAGUAGAAGCAGACUAAUGAAGAAAGGCUAAUACUCUCUGAAAGGCUUCUUGGAAGCAAAGCCAUAAAUAGAUGAUUUGGUAACAGUUGAGGACUGAGUUAUCCAGCUGUACAAAGGAGAAGCUUAAUGUUGUUUCCUCAUGCUAGAUUUAUGCCUAUUUGCAAAAGAGAAGCCUUUAUAAGAAAGUCAGAUUGUGGUUUCCAAGGCCGUGGAACUGUAGGAUGAGAACAAAUUGAGACAACAUUCUCACAAAAUGGUGUACAUAGAGGAAGUAACUAAAACAAAUGUGAGUUUUUGUGAAUAGCUAAAUAAUAUUUUGCAGAGGAGCAGUCAAUCAUAGAAUCAUGCAGGUGGAUAGGGGCCUCCAGAGGCCAUCUUGGCCAACCUCCAACUAGAGCAGGUUGCUCAGGGACAUAUCCAGCUGAGUUUUAAAUAUCUCCAAGGAUGGAAAAUCUACAAUAUGUGUGCAAGCUGAUCCAAUAUUUGGCCACCAUUAUGGUAAAAAAAAACCAAAACCAAACCCAAACCAAACCGUAAAAAAUCUGUGUGUUAAGUUAGAAUUUUCCAUGUUCCAACUUUUUUCAUUGCCUCUUCCACUGCGUACCUUCAAGGGUUUUGCUUCUUCUCUGUACCCUCUCUUAGGUAUUUGUAGACAGCAAUAAGAUCUACCCUUACCCUCCUCUUUCCAGUGUUGAACCAUGUCUCUCAGCCUCUCUUCAUCCAUCACAUGUUCCAGAACUUUAUCUCCAUGGCAGCUCUCUGCUAGACUUGCUCCAAUAUGUCAAUAAUUUUCUUGUAGUGGGGAGACCAAAAGGAGACAGAAUAUUCUAGAUCAAGGUGUACUUCGUAUGUUACAAUGUUGAUAUAGUUUAUUUAUUCUGGAUUUUUCCAUUAUCUAAUUGAGACAAGCUAUACUCCAUGAUGAGAUUCUAUUUUGAAAAUUGUCUUAUAACCAGUAUAAAGAUUUUUCUAAUCAGAUUUGCUGAAUCUAUAUAUAAAAAUAUGCUUAUAGAAAUAUGCUCUCUAUACUGCUGGCUCGAGGCUUGGCAAGCAAAAUUCCGACAUAAUCAUUGCUGGAUGUUUCACCUUAAUCUAAAAAAAUGUAUUGUUGCACUCAUGCUACAUUGAAUAUGAAGAAACAUGAUAGUGUAUUUUAGUCACUUUUUAGACCAAAACAACACUUCAGUGCAUCUUUGCUUGUUUUUCCCCUUAGGAGAUAAAGAGCAACCUAUAAUAUCAUAUCUAUUUUAUAAAGAUUGGUCUAACAGAAAAGGGGAUUCCAGAGUCCAGAGUAUUUUUCAUUAUCCUGGAGUUAUUCUUUUUCGAUAGCUAGUACUCAGUCUAGAAAAUUAUAUUACCUGGAUAAAUUGGCAAAUGAAGAAAAGAAAGGGCUGAAAUCCUAGAUUCUUUCAAUGUCUUGGACAAGGCCCUGAGCAGUCUGAUCUACCUACACCGUUCUUUAAACAGAGGGUUGACCUCCAGAGGUACCUUCCAACUUCAAUUUUCCUGUGUUUCUGCGAUUGAUUCAUUUCAAAGCUCUCUCUGAUUAAGUGUGUACUGGUUCUAGUUCUUCCCAGGCUUGUGCUGUGGAACAGACGUAGCACAGGUCUGUAGGGUUUCUCUCAAACUCUGAUGGUUUAAUCUUUGUUAAACUUUAUAAUGCUUCUUCAUGAGAGAGACUUAGAGAGGAAGAAAUCUUAAAAAAACCCCAAACCUUUAGCAAGCCAGUUUGAAGCAAUAUCAUACCAUGAAAUGUGUCACAGCUGCAGGGACCAACCAGAUGUUACGGAAACAAGUUUGUUAGCCGGGAAGACCCAUACGUUAUCUCAAAAAUGGUUUCCAGGACCUGAAAUCUAGGCCAACAUAAAUUUCUCCAAAGGUAAACAAUAAAUUUUCCUUUUGUUUUCACUCAUUCUUAUUUUCCUUAUACUUUUUGGAAAUUUAGGCUAGCACAUUUUCAGUUAAUAUGUGGAAAGCACUACCAAACACAGAUGGGGAAGAAGGACCUGAAUGCAGGAGACCCCAGGACCUUGCUUUUGCAACUGUUUUAAUUUCAGGAGUAAAAAGCUAGCAAAGCACUAGGGGGUGUGGCUAAAAUGGAGUUGAUUAAUAUAAUAGUUGUAGUGACUGAGUGUAUCUUAUCUGUGACCUUUCUGGUAUCUACAGAAUCAGGCUUUCUCUCUCAUUUUUACCUGGCCCUAGACGAUUUGGGCUUUUUAGCUGUUACCAACACAAAGGUCGCUCCCCCUAUUUAAUGUAGUUUGUUUAUCUAUGUACAAAAGAGGUCAUAAUUGGUGCUUUUGACAAAACUAAUGAAAAUCCAACUUACUUAAGUGUUUCCUUUUAUCUGCCUGUUCCCUUAAUGUGUGUCAAAGUCUUUAAAUUAAAAAAAAAAAAAGGAAAAAAUUGUAAAUAAUUUAAUGUUACUAGGCCAGCACCCAGUGGAUCAAGGGCUUUUAUUCUUGAUUUCAUUCAGGACUUGGCACAUCCUGUCAUUCCAUGCAGUAAGACUGUUUUUAAGCUUUUGUAUCCUGGGUGACACCUCUAACCCAACACUCUUUUAAAGUACUUUUUGGUGAUUUCAGAUAGAAAGGCACUUGCAAACAUCCCCACAUACCAAGAACAACAAAAAAAUGUGUGACAAUAACUCCAUUUAACUGUCUUGAGAAAUGAAAAUUAUUUCCUCCCAGAAUAUUACAACUACUCAUUGACAAGUCUUGCCUGCCUUUCAUCAGCGUUAAAUCUACGCCUUCUUGAAUGAUCAUUUCUAGAUCAAGCUUGAAUAUUCUUCUUCCUUUUGUCACAUUUGUAUCUCAUUUUAUUGAUAGUUUAGGGAUGAUGCCUGCAGUCUUUCUCCUCCACAGCUCUACACUGGCUUCACUGGCAAGAUUUAGCAUUGUAACAGCUGUAGGAUCUGGCCCACCAGGUACUACGGUCUGUCUUGUAAAGCUGAGAAUUUCCUCCUCCCUUAGAGGAAGAAGUCCAAGACAUACUUGUGCUAUAUAAGUUAUAUAUAUAAUGAUAUAGUUGUAUAUAUAACGUAUGUGCAUAAAAAUGUGGAGAUGAGAGGGCAGGCUGCCUUUAUCACCUCAAGAACAGAUUUCCUUACCUGAAAACUUUCAAAUGCAGGUGUCAUUUUUCAAACAGGGUUUUAUAGUUUUCCUUAAUGCUUGUUAAUGGCAUUUUUGCUGUAAUAAUUAAAGUUGGAACUCUUUGCGAUUUUCAAAAUGAAAGCUUUGAUGAUUUUUUUAAGUGCUUUGGUCCUAACUUCUAUAUACUGCCAGAAAACAGGUUCUCCACCCUGUCUCUGUGUGGAUGUGGAUGUACAACAGUAUCCCGUAUAUACCUACACAGAAGAGGAAACUGAGCUACUGACUUACAGUUUGUAGUAGCCAACUGUGCCUAUUGCUUUGAUUUAGGGAGGGCACUUGCUGUUGCCACUGCAUUUUAGGAAUCAUGUCAGCUUCUGUAGGAAAGUUUUCAACGAUGCUGGGAAAUAUAUGUUGCUGUGUACUGUGAAUGAGUAGGCUGCAAAUUUGGGGGUUGGGAGGGGAGGUGGGAAGGGAGGGGUAUGAGGGCUUAGCAUGUACACACUAAAAGUGAACUAGAAUGGACGGAAAGGUGACAUUUUUAGCCUUUAUUGUUGGGCUCUCGGGGAAAUGAAAAGCUACCAUGCAGCCCCUGGAAGGCCUGAUGGCUGAAGGGCUGAUCUUUACUUUAUAUUUUGCAACAUACUUUUUACCCAUCGCUCUGUAUUUUAAACCCCAGGCCUGUCAGAUUCUGGAAGUAGAUCAAAACACUGGUUUAAACACUACUUUGUUACCAAGGCCAUGUCUCUACUAGGGAAGUUGCCCUACUUUAAAAUACCGGUCUAGUUAAGAUCACUUUUUAGCUGCACCUAUUACUUGAUUGCCUGGAUUGAGUUUGCAUUGGCAUCCUUUGCAGUUAAGCUAAAGUGUAAGAAAUGCUUCAGUCAAUUAAGAUACCUCUACAGGAAGGUUCUUGCACCAAUUUAAGUACCUGGUUUUGAAAUCACUGCGUAUAAACCGUGACAGCUUUUCUCUUAGAAACAAGGCCUUAGUUUAGCAUGUCUACUACUUUCUAGUUGAAAAAAUAAUAAUGCAGGCUGAGAACUUUUUUUCUUUUUGCUUUGCAAAACAGCCUGUUUUCUUUCUUGUCCUUGGAAACAUUUCUUGCUCUCUACUACACAUUAGAUUUUUGUUUGGGGGAUUUUUUUUAGCAACAACAACAAGAAAGUAUGAAUGCUCCCUAUUUAAGAAAAAAAAAAAACAACAUUGCUUGAAGGACUUUCAUUUUGCACUAUAAUUUUUCUUUUACCAGAUGUGUCUGACAAGUGCAUUUUGGAGAUGCCCUCGGUCACGUUCUCUCAGGCCUACUCUGGUAUUUCUAAUAUAUCACAGAAGUACCCAAUCUUGUAGCCCUCAGUUCUGCCUUUUUUUGACAUUUUAUUUUUUUUAAGCUUUUUAUAUAUAUAUAUAUAUAAAUAUAUUACUUUGUCAGUUUUUUUGCUGUACAAAAAGUCUUAAGAUUUAAAAAUAUUAUUUGUAUUAUAUGAUGGUGGUAUGUUAAUGUUACAAAAUUAUUAAUGAAGAAAAAAUUUAUUUUUGUUACUGGUCUGUUUCAUAAUUCUUUUUUAAAUUGGUAUAUUGUAAGAUAUCUAUGCAAAAAUGUUAUGUGACGCAUUUUUAUUUAAGAAUGUAAUAUGUGUAAUAAACAGUAGAAUGUGUUUGG